AUGGCGGCACCAACGAAGAGUCUUCGCUUCGUUUUCGUCCUCGCCCUAACCUUCGUAUGUCUGUCCUCUCUCCACGCGGCGGCAGCAUCGGGCCGUCCCGAUGACCCCAAGAUCAACGCGAAUGCGGCUCUGCAGACCCCCCGCAGACUGGCGGAACGUUACGACAUGGCGACUGCUGCAAAUUCGGUGAACCUGGACAAGGCGCGCGGCUUGGAGGAGGAGGAGGAGGAAUUGCCCUCCCACUUGGGGGGAGGGGCAGACUCGUCUGCAAAUUUGGUGAAAGUGGACAAGGCGCGCGGCGGCGUGGAGGAGAAGGAGGAAGAGGGCGCGCACUGGGCCAUGGGGGCUACCACGAAUGUCCCCGCGGGUAACCACGCGGCUGACCAGGUGGCUGAUCGCGUGGCUGAACCCGUGGCAGACUCAAACGCCGAGGCUGUCAGAGACGCGGCCGGCUAUGUUGUCAACAACCCGGGUAAGACUCUGACGAAGAGCGCGUCGGACUUGACGCGCAGCGCGGGGAGGAUCGCGCACAAAGCGGUGAUCGAGCACGGGCAUGAAGUGUUAGCGAAUACGGCUGCGGGGCUCGUUGUUGGCGGAGUGGCGGGGGGACUGAUGGCGGGAAGCGGAACGAUUGCGCGCCACGCACACGCCGCGACGAUGGAGGAGAUUGGGAGCUUUGGCGCGAAGGCCGCGGGAGUAGCGCACCUGCCAGUGUUGGGGCAGCCAUAG